AUGAGCAUGGCCCAGAGCGCCCUAGCCACCCUCCACGCCCUCAAACACACAACAGCCCCGUCAAUCCAACACCAAGGUCAGCUCGAUCUCUUGAAUAAGGUGUUCGCCCCCCUCGUAUCGCACCCGCAUCAUCAUCACCUCCCCCAUGUCGCACACGACCAUCCCGUUUACCACGCGAUGGAGGCCCUCUUCGGUAGCAUUGCCGCAUUACGAAACCCCUCUGCAAACCACAAGAUUCCCCCUAUUAAGGUUUACUGCGAUUUCGCGCGCAUCCACGAAGAUCACCUUUGCCAUGGUCGCGCCGCCCCCGGUAUCGCCUGCGACACUCACCUCGAGAGGGAGUUCCCUAUCAGCCCUCUCUAUACCGAGUGCCGGACCGGACCCUCGUCCCUCCCGGUUCUACCGGCCGAAGCAUUCGGCCAUGCGUCCCCACACCACCAUGAUAAGCACAUCCCUGUUCAGAUAUGCAGGGAUUAUCUCGAUCGGAUUAAGGCGCUCCCGGAAGGAAACUUUGUUAGUCCGCCUGCCAUCUUCAAUAUCUCUCAAACUCCUGACAAGAUCAUUUACAUUCAGGUUGAUACUACCCCCCGUCAACUGGUCAUGCAGCCAUCCGCCAUCGACAGACGGAUCUUCAGCCACAGACCCAGCCAAAACAUCCCCCCGUAUUUUGACCUAGCCCUGCUCCGCGAGCUGGUGACCGUCGUCCAGCGAGAAACCGGGCCGUGGGCUGGGAACGACUCCGUGUCGGCUCCGGCCACGAUCACCCCUGACUCACUCGUGGAUUUCACUCUAGGUUCCGUGCUCCUUCAGGCGGAGGAUAAUUUCCUAGCAAAGCAGCGUCAUUCUAAAAUGACAUUCCUAUCGCGACGUUUUCAUGGGUGA